GUGCCGAUUACUCGUGAAUUGGGCCGCUGCUGCCAUCGCUGGCGCAGACCGUUUUCACGAAGAUAUUUUUUAUUUUGCGAAGAAAAAGUGCAGGGAAACUGGCGCAAUAAGGUGUCUUAAAAGGUGUUCAACGACGGUGACAGGUGCAAGAGACUGAUUACCGCGACAACAUACACUGCAGAUAUCGUUUUAAUUGGCAAAAAAGCAUCCGCAUCCCCGGCCAUCACACAUACACAGACGGCGAAAAGACGCUGCGCGAGUGUGUGUGUAAUCGACUUGCGUGGUGCCGGGUUACAUAUAUUUAUAUUGAAUUUUUAUUGAAUUUCGUGCCUCGCAAUAAACAAAUGUGCUUGGCCUAAAAAUACGGGCCACAAAUUGGCGGCAGUGCAUCCGAAAUUCCCGCAGGAGACAAAUAAAUCUCACACAAAAUGAUGUUCACGGGCACCAACCAGCAGCAGGACACCCGGUUCAGCGACAAGGAGAAGAAGCUGAUGAAGCAAAUGAAGUUCGGCGACUGCCUGAAUAAGCGGGUGGACAUGUCCAAGGUGAAACUAGACGUACUGCGUCCCUGGAUUAGCAAGAAGAUCACCGACAUCCUGCACAUCGAGGAUGAUGUUGUCGUGGAGUUUGUAUACAAUCAGCUGGAGGAGGAGAAGUACCCGUGCCCGAAGAAGAUGCAGAUCAACAUGACGGGUUUCCUAAACGGCAGGAAUGCCCGCCAGUUCAUGGGCGAGCUGUGGGCCUUGCUGCUGUCCGCCCAGGAGAGUGAUUCGGGGAUUCCGGCAGAGUUCAUCCAGCAGAAGAAGGACGAGAUACUCAAGCGGGAGGAGGAGCAGCGGCAGCGGGACAGAUCGCGCUCCCGCUCGCGUUCCCGCUCCCAGCGCGCCAGCUCUAGGCGAGAUCGGCAGCGUGACCGCUCCAAAUCCAAGUCGAGAUCACGAUCCCGCUCGGUGAAGCCGGCCAACAACAACGGUUCGGUGCCCAGUGCCGCUCGAGAAGCGGCCGCCAAUGCUGCGGCCCGAAUCCGGAAGCGUGGCUCCUCCUCGGCCGCCCGGCCCGCCUCCAGGGAGCGCCGCUCCAGCCGGCGACCCCGUUCGCGUUCUCCCCAGCGUUCCCGCUCCCGAGCCUCCGGCAAGAAGGCGGGCUCGGUGGAGCCCGCACCCGCCAAGACUGUCAAUGGCCGCCAUUCGGCGGACAAGUCGCCUCAUCCGGCGGCGGCGUCCAAGGGCAAGUCGCGUUCGCGGUCUCGCUCCCGGUCGCCGCGCAGCCGCUCCCGUUCGGGAAGCCCCAAGCGGUCGCGUUCCCGCAGCUCCUCGCGACGCAGUCGCCGGCGUGGACGCUCCAGCAGCAUCUCGCUGUCGCCGGAGCGCAAUCAGGAUAACUUUGAGCAUCGACGCAACAAGAACAGUGUGCAGAACAAACGGCAGUAUCGCAACAACCGGGGAGAUUCGGCCAGUUCCAUGGAGCGCGGCAAUGAUCGGGGCAGACAGUUUGGCGGCGGAGGAGGCGGUCGUCGCGGCGGCAGGCGCUUCUCGCCAAGAGGACGCAGUCCAAUGCGGCAGGAUAAUGGAGGCGGAGGCGGUGGGAAUCGCUUCCAGCGAUCCAAUUCGCGGCGCCGCUCUAGAUCUCGACGACUUUCCCGCUCGCCCAUGCGGUACUCUCGUUCUCCAAGACGAAACUUCAACAAUCGUCGUCGCUCGCCCAUGAUGAACUUCAGAGGCGGAGGUCGUGGUGGCGGACGCGGUGGCGGGCAUCGCCAGAUGUGGCAGCACCGCGGAGGAUCGCCCAACUUCCGCGGUGGCGGCCGUAUCCACUGGCAGGCCAGGCACAGUCCUGGCGGCGGAGGACGCGGUGGCGGUGGCGGCGGAAUGGGACGCUUCGACAGACGCCAGUCGCCGCAGCAGAAUCGCUAUAAUCGCGAUCACCGCCAGUCGCCCAUGCAGCAGGGUCAGCCCUUCCGCAAGCACUUCUCGCCGCAUCCGGGACCGGGACGUCGUUUCUCCUCGCCCCAGCAGCGUCGAAACUCUCGAGAUCGCCGUCCCAACUCGAGGGAGAGGCGCAGUUCGCCCGGUGGCGGUCAUAUGAAUCGGUGGGACAAUCCGCCACCUGCCAGGAAUCGCCGUUCGUCGUCAGGCAGCUCGGUGGAACCGGCAGGUGGACGCCAGCAGCGACAGCGCAGCCCCAGUCCGCCGGAGAAGCGCGGACGCAGCCGCAGUCGCAGCCAGAGUCGCCAGAGAAGCCGCAGUCGCUCUAGUCCGCGGCGAAGUCGCAAGCGGGAGAGCCCAGUUGGACGAUCCUCUGUUGAGUUCACUGGCCCGCCAGUAAACACCAUCGAUCUCUGCCGCGAAGAGCAGCAGCGCAAAGCCAAGCCAGAAACCAUCAUAGUGUUGGACGAGGCUCCUCCGGUCGUGCGCACUGGCUACGCCAGCCUGUCCCGCACGCCCUCUCCGUUCCUUAAGCCUCACGAGCGGCUCGCAGCCAAGGCGGCGGCGACGGCGGCGGCACCAAAGAAAUCCCGCGACCAGAGCCAGAGCAGCAGCUCGGACAGCAGUGCGGACAGUGAUGACAGCGAGGAGCAGCCUCGCCGCAAGAAGCGCCAGCCCAAUGUGGAGGCGGCCAAGGGCAAGGCGAAGGAAAAGGCGCGACGCAGCUCGGAGAGCUCAAGCAGCAGCGAACAGAGCGACGACGAGGACAACUCGAGCGGGGAUGAGCGGCUCAAGAAGAAGCUGCAGCUGCAGAAGGAAAAGGAGAAGGAGGCGGCGGCGGCCCUCAAGGAGAAGGAAAAGGAGCGGGAAAAGGAGAAGGAUAAGGACAAGCGGCGUGCGGACAAGAAGCACAAGCGAGGGGCCACGUCCAGCGGCGACGAGGCGUCCACGAGCAGCCGCAAGCGUAGUCACAAGAAGACGCGACGGGACGAGGGUGGGGAGGCCGGCAACGGGAACAGCGACUCCGAGGACGAGCAUUUGCCCAAGAAGAAGCGCAAGAAGGCCAAGAAGGCGGUCGACUCCAGCGACAGCGAUUCAGAGGCCUCCUCCAAGCGCAAGAAGCAUAAGAAACACAAGAAGCACAGCAAGAAGAGCAAGAAGCAUAAGAAGCACAAGCGGAAGGCCAGUGGCGGCAAGUCGCGGGCGGACAGCAGUUCCCAGGGCAGCAGUGACGAUGAGGAGCAACCAGCCUCUGGAGCGGCUGCCAAGCGAAACGGUAACACAGGCAAAAUGCCGCUACUGCUGGCGGGCGCUUCCGGUCCGGGCGUCAUCAACGAGGACCUCGAGAAGCAGCUGCGGGAACGAGCCCUCAAAUCCAUGAAGAAGCUGGACUGAACGACACUAGAGACUUUGUGCGAGUAUGAUUGCCCCAACCAAAUCCACUCCCAACACAUUGACCCUCCACUACUCAUCCCCCCAUUGUGAAUCGCUCGCCCUCACAGACAGACGUACGUAGCCAUUAAAAUAGAAAUAUACAUUUAAACCAACUAAACAUUCAUUAAUUGCAUACAUUGUAUUUCUUAAAAUGUAUUUCACAUAACGUUAAGUUAUUUCGCCUAUACAAAAAAAAACAGUAGCGACUAAAUUAGCGAGCCAACAUUAAGCGAAUGAAUACAGUUUGUAUUAUGUACAAAAAAAUAAUGAAAAUCUGAAUUAACCAUUAUAACUAUUUAGCCCCCAGUGGUUUUAAAUGCAUAAUUUCAAAACAUAAAACAAAGCAAGGACACAUAAACAAGCGUAAAUUCGUUUGGCAAAUUGUAUUGUUGCCGCAGUUUAAUUUAUAAGUAGGUUUUACAGAAUGUAAUUAAUAAUGCCUAAAGCGCGAAUUGUGUGUUUGAGGGGCAUUAACUAAAGAGAAAAUAAACACAAUUGUAAAA